AUGCCCUUAGAGGUCUUUGGUCUUUCCUCUUUAACAAACUUACUGAACUUGUCAAAAAACUCAUUGAAUGGUAGCUUACCGAGAGAAGUAGGUAUGCUAAAAAGUAUCAACAAGUUGGAUGUCUCAGAGAAUCAUCUAUCUGGUGACAUUCCUAUAGCCAUUGGCGAAUGCAUAAGCUUAGAAUACCUCUUUUUUCAAGGGAAUUCCUUCAGUGGAACUGUACCAUCCUCUUUGGCUUCACUAAAAGGUCUUAAAUAUUUAGACUUGUCAAGAAAUCGGUUGUUUGGACCGAUUCCUAAUGAUCUACAGAAUUAUGGAAUGGUUCCGAAAUAUCCACAUGCGGUGACAUGUAUAGCUUCGGGGUGCUUAUGUUGGAAAUGCUCACUGGAAGAAGACCAACAAGAAACGUUUGAAGAUGGUCAAAAUCUACAUAUGUUUGUUGAAAAUUCAGUUCCUAGUAAUCUAACUCAAAUUUUGGACUCACAUCUUGUGCCGAGAAAUGUAGAAGCAAAUAUAGAAGAAGAUGAAAACAGUGGGAAUUUGACUCCAACUCUAGAGAAAUGCUUGGUUUCACUUUUUCAGAUUGGACUUGCUUGUUCAAUGGAAUCACCAAAAGAAAGAAUGAAUAUAGUGGAUGUCACCAGAGAGUUAAGCAUUAUCAAAAAUGAGCUAUUUAGGAAAGAGAAGUGA